AUGUCUAUGUAAAUUGCUUUGAUAUUUGAUUGUCAGAACAAUAGUGAAUUAAUCUUUUAAUCAGUUUAACUCUUUAGCAAUCUCAUUAAUUAAGUUCUCAACUGGGCUAGAGAUCAGUUAGGAAUUAUCUUAGCUGAACAAAAUUAGAUGAUAGUUGAAGCUUUUAUGCCUAUGAUGAAUAUCUAACAAAUCAAAUUUUUAUAAAACUAAAUUAUAAAAAAACUGAUGGGCGUAAUUAAUGGUGAUGUAAACUAACUUUUUGAAAAAUUAAGCUCAAAAAUAUAUGAUGAUAUAUGUCUUUUAGAUGACCAAAAUAAACAACAAUUAAAAGUUAAGGAAUCUUUUAUCAACUAAUUAAACAUUUCUUAAUAAAAUUAAUAUAGUCCUAAAUUUACAAAAAACUAUGCUUUAGAUAGUAUAUUUGAAGAAAAAUUACUUUUAAGCUAAGAAUUAGAUAAAUCUUAAAUUUCCUUAAUAAGCGAAGAACCCACAGUUUAUAAAAAUAAUUUAAGAGGUCUUUAAUAAGUGGGAAGUGUUAGAAAUUUUAUUAACAUAAGAGAACAUUACUAAGCUUAGAGAAAUAUCUAAAAAAACUCAAGUAAAAAGCCUCAAUAAUAGAUUUUCACCCCAAAAAUUUUAACUCACUUAGGUGAUGAAAACUUGAUCUAAUCUCAAAUUGAAGAUUCAAAUCAAAUAGUUGCUAUGAAUAAAAUUUGUUAAUUAACAAGCGAACACUUCUUCCAUAUAUCAAUCCGUAAAGCCCUUUCAAGUUUAUUUGUCAACCAAAUAAAAUAUGACUUAGCUAAAUUUUAUCUGCAUUAAAUAUUUAAGUGA